CCACAUCCAACCUCAAUCCUAAUAAUAUCAUGCUCUCCCAUUGGUCUGUACUGCGUCUCGCAGACCUUUCGCCGCCGAGCACGUGACGGCCGAACGUCAAUCAACAGCUGAGCUACCUGGAGCAAGACCUCUUCUCAUUAUAUGAAUGAUCACCAGCCCUUCUUCACUCGAGCUCUUACUCACAAAGACCAACAACCAACAUGGCAUCUCAAACACCACUCCCCACCACCAUGCGAGCCUGGGGACACAACUUAGCCGGCCUCCCAAACCAAGUUCUCCAUCCGACUCCCAACAUCCCAAUUCCAUCCCUCCAACCCACCGAACUUCUCAUAAAAGUCUCUUACGCAGCCUUAAACCCCGGUGGGCCUGCUAUAAUGAACCUCGGUCCCAUGAUCUUCCGCACCAAGCCCUCCAUCCCAGAAAUGGACUUCGCAGGCACGAUCCUCUCCCUCGGCCCCUCCGUCCAAAACUUUGUCAUCGGAGACAGAGUAUUUGGAAAUAUUUCCAUAGGUUUGCAUUUUAAUAAGGGAAGAGGAGCGUUGGCGGAAUACGUCGUUGUCCCGUUUGAUCGCGUGGUUGAGAUUCCGGUUAGCAUGAAGGAUGAAGAGGCAGCAGGAUUGGGGAUCGUGGGGUGUUCAGCUUUGGCAUUGAUUGAUCGGGCGGGACCUGGAGAGGGAGAUCGAGUUCUAGUCAAUGGAGCGAGUGGCGGGAUUGGGACGUUGCUUGUGCAGAUGUUGAAGGAUGUUGUUGGGGAGAAAGGGAAGGUUGUUGCAUUGUGUUCGGGGAGCAAUGUCGAGAUUGUUAAAGGGUUGGGUGCUGAUGAAGUUAUUGAUUACCGAAAGCAUCAUCCAGUAGAGAAGUACCUAGCCGAGCGAUUUAGCAAGGACCAAUUCGACUGUAUCAUCGACGCAUACGGGAGUCAAGAUCUCUGGCUUCACUGCGCUUUUUACCUCAAACCAGGGAAACCAUUCAUUCCUAUUGCUUUAAGCGUCCCUUCCUACGGAUGGUCGAGUUUUCUCUGGAUGGUCGGCACAAUUAUGAGUAACACCUGGAAACCAAAAUUUCUCGGAGGGGUUGACAGACCUUAUGCUCAAACGAAUGGGAUUGCGGACCCGAUGAACAUGCAACGGCUUGCACGUAUGGUGGAGGAGAAGAAGUUGAAGAUUUUGAUUGAUUCAAUUUGGAGCUUUGAUGAUGUUUUGAAGGCAUAUGAAAAAAUGAUGACCAAACAUGCACGGGGGAAGGUAGUCAUCCGUAUGGAUCGUGCAGAGUCUCGAGUUUACAGCUAAACGCAAUGUUCGGGUGCAAUAGCCGCCGAAUUCAGCGGGUUUGGUCGCUGUUUUAUGCGACGAUUUCAGGCGACUCGCUUCGUCUACCACCGAGCAAGUUCCAUGACACAACAAUGGCGAAGAUAGCAAAGGCUUCAAUGUAAUUGUAGUCCAUUGGAGACAGAGUCUAAUGCAAGCAGGAUGAUCAUGGAGCGGCCUUGCGUCAGCUAUGCUGUUCUCAG